AUGCCGGAAGAGGCUCGCGCCGCUAUAUGGGCGCGGCUUAAAUCUAUCAAGCCGCCCUUCGUCUCCAAGAAACCGCACUUUAACUUUAUUUCCAUACACUACACAUGGAUCAUCGGCGCGACAUUACUAGCUUCCGUCAUCAUUUACGGUGCUGGUCACGGUCACACUUCAUAUAUUGAUUCUCUCAUGUUCGCAAGUGGAGCGAAUACACAAGCUGGUCUCAAUCCCAUCGACGUCAAUCUUCUCAAUACCUUUCAACAGGUUGUCGUUUACUUUUUUACGAUAACAUCUAAUCCAAUCACUCUACACACAUCGGUUGUGUUUUUACGCCUCUACUGGUUCGAGAAGAGAUUUCAACAUUGGGUCUCAGACGCGCGACUGCGCCGCGCCACACUAUCUAAAGCAAAGACUCGUGCACGAAGCGAAGCCCGCCAAGCAGAAGAAGGAGUCAAUGGUCGCCAUAUCACUGUUGUUCCUUACCAGGGGCGACGCCAGCGUAUUACGAAUGACGGCAUUCUGCUAGAUGGGAACGAAGUCAUUCAAUCCCAGGCGAUUGCUGACGACGAUAAUGAUAAUGAACACCAAGCGCACAAGCCACUCCCUGCGAGCAGCGAUGAAAGCGAUACAGUCUCAGCUGGACGGUCCAAUAGCACAGAGCUGGAUCCUCUGGAGAGGCCCAAUCAAACAUCUGGAGACACCAGAGAUGGGUGGAAGGAGGGACAGGGUAUAUCGCAGAGUGCUCCGACAGGAAUCAAAUUUGCCGAGACUGUUAAGAGAAGCGACGGUGUCGACGAUGACUUGACCAAAUUCCCUCAGCGAAGAACUCAUCAAGAACACAUUGCGAUCCUAGAACGCCAACGGAAUCAAGACAAUGAAGUCCUGAGGAUCCCUGGUCCACGCGAGACCGAAAGGGGCAUGGGUCCUCGAAGACUGGACGACGAAGAUGACGGCGACGAUGACAACACUAUAGCUAUGACGAGAACAGUGGAAUCGAGACCGGACCAUGCGACGAUUGACUCGAGGAGACCAGCUGGUCGCAGGCCGACGAUUGUCAUUGCCGAGCCAAAACGCCCCCUUAAACAGGAACUGACCGACGAUGCCAAAGCUGUUGGCGGCACUCUCAAUGCCCUCAGGAUGCGAAAACCUCGUGCCUUUAACCAUGGCCAGAAGGAAUUGCAUGAAGAUGAUGAGAGCACAAUGGGGCGUGCUUUCCGAACACGCACAAUAGACACUAUCAAGUCGGCACUCUCAAGCGAUCAUACCAAGGAUAUGCCUUACCUCAGUUAUACUCCGACUAUGGGCCGAAAUUCGAACUUUGUGGGUUUGACCCUUGAGCAGCGAGAAGAACUGGGCGGUAUUGAAUACCGGUCUUUGAGGACUUUGGCUUUGAUUUUGCUUUCCUAUUUCUGGGGAUUUCAGCUCAUUGCCGUUACAUUCCUCUUGCCCUUUAUUCUCCACAACGACAAAUAUGGUAAACUCGUUGACAGCGAAGCUAUUUCAAGGACUUGGUGGGGAUUUUGGACGGCCAACUCAGCCUUCAACGAUUUGGGGUUGACUUUGACCCCCGACAGCAUGAAUUCGUUUAACACUUCCGAGUAUGCCAUGAUGAUCAUGUGGUUUUUCAUUAUCAUCGGAAACACCGGGUUUCCUGUCAUGCUGCGUUUCGUCAUCUGGGUACUCGCUCAAAUUGUACCAAAGGGCACCGGCCUCUGGGAGGAACUUAGGUUCCUUCUCGACCACCCUCGUCGAUGCUUCACCCUUCUAUUUCCUUCCAGCGCCAAUUGGUGGCUUUUUUGGAUCCUUGCCGGUUUGAACGCCAUAGACUUGCUGUUCUUUGUCGUGUUGGAUCUUAACUCGGGCCCAGUAUCCGAGUUGCCAGUGCAUACUCGCAUCGCCGAUGGUCUCUUCCAAGCUGCUUCGACACGGACUGCAGGCUUCUCCUGUUUCAGCCUGGGCGAUCUUCAUCCUGCCAUUCCAGUUCUGUACAUGAUCAUGAUGUACAUUUCCAUCUUCCCAAUCGCAAUUUCCAUUCGAAGAACCAACGUGUAUGAAGAGAAGUCACUGGGAGUUUACAGCAGUAAGAAAGAGGACGAUGACGAAGAAUCAGCCAGUGCUUUCAACUACGUCGGUACUCAUUUGCGGCGUCAACUCUCUUUCGACUUGUGGUAUGUGUUCGUGGGGUUUUUCUUCCUCGCCAUCAGUGAGGGCACCAGUCUCAAGGCCAAGGACUUCAAUCUGUUCGAUAUUCUCUUUGAGGUUAUCAGCGCGUACGGAACUGUCGGCUUAAGCAUGGGUGUACCCAACGUAAAUGCCUCCCUCUGCUCUCAGUUCACGGUUGUUGGCAAACUCAUCAUUGUUGCCAUGCAAAUACGUGGCCGUCACCGUGGUUUACCAUAUGGGCUGGAUCGUGCCGUAUUGUUGCCAAGCGAAGCACGCUUCCAGAAGGAAGCUGAGGAAAACCAGCCGAUCCUUGUCCGCACACGUACGAAUGCAUCAGUGGGUACAACAUCUGGCAUGGAACCCCCGACAAGUCCAGGAUUCCCCGGCCGACGAGGUAGUCUUGGCCGUGUACGCGAGCGAGCCAACAGUCGCAUUAUCUCCCAGUUUCUCUUCCCCGGGCCUGCAAUCCCCAGCAAUGAGAUACAUGGCCACAAACGGGCAACAUCAAACAACUCUAAUACGGCACGCGAUUUCCCACGAUCAAAUACUGAGCCAGUGUUUGAAGAGGAGAAAGAUGAUGUUCCUCCUCUCCGGACCAUUGAAUCUCAUCAGUUUCACCCUCGUCGGGCAGAAACCAACCCCAUGCCCUAA